AUGGAGAGCUCUUCGGCGCCGCUCGCGGACUACUUCUGGAUAGCGGGCAUUGAGUCUGUAUCUCACCACGAUUUCCCCGUCCCCCCUACCCCCACACAGGUCGAUAGCACCAUCACCGAGGACAGGGAACCCGACGACCAACCCGACCCCGUAGCUACACCGUCCCACAAGACGUUCGCCCGACACUCGCGCCAGAACUCCAACAACCGACUGUCGAAAGCAUCCAUCACCAAUACAAUUCACACGCUAGAGGAGCUGGAUGGGAACACGAGAAGUAACAGAAGUAGUGCUACAAUCAGACCCAACCCGGCGCCUGGCGUACUCGGACAAGAUGGCCCGUUCGUCGACUUCGACUUCGACAAGGCUCUUGUCAAGUUUGCCGCCGAGAGGGAGAACUUCCUGGACGACCUGAGCUUCUCAGCUGGUGCGAAAACACAGUCCAGGCCACCGAUGGUAAACCCACGAGCGGAACGGAUCAAAGCCGACGAGGCAGCAAACGGGAGGCUGAGUCCUCUGAAGAGUAUCAGGGGCAGCAUCCGCGGUAGCAUACGCCGAAAAAUCAGCUUCAGAGAUAUGAACAGUGCGAAGAAGCAACCAUCGACCCCCAGACCUGGUAUGGACCCGUUUUACGAUUUGGACCUACAUCCUUCUCCAGACGAUCUGGUAGCAGGACUGCCUGCAGACCUCUUCGAUCACGAUUGCAAGAAACACGCUGCAUUCUGUACUGACUUCUGUAAACUAGCAUCUGUACGGACCACCAAGCGACUGAGUAGCUAUAACUCGGUAAUACCUCCUCCUGAACCUCUCAAUCUCGACCCUGACAUGCACCCUCUAAAACGCCGCUUCGAACCUGAGUUACUGGACCGGUAUCCACCCCGUGAUGACAAGGAAGAACUAUCGAGGAGAGGCAGAUUCCCGGACUACGUGCCCAUGUUCGCCUUUCCCAACGAUAUUCAGAUUGUAUCGUCUGAUGAACGGCCGAGGUCGACGUGGCAUGGCUUUACGAUGACGUCCGACGACAAUUCCAAGAUCUAUGGCGUAACCGUCACCGUGUGGAUAGCUCUAACAAUGGAUGUGGCAGAAGACAUCGAGAGGAGAUGCGAACAAUGGAGACAGAGACAUAUGACCGAAGAGGAACGAGAGCUCGCGGGCAGCCUGGGAGCACGGCUCGCAGCGGAGCGUGCACACUUGUCGCAGCUUCUGGCCAAACUCCCCACGAUCCCCUCUGGGUCGUCCGCUAGGGACGCGCUCGACGAUCAAAUCAGUGCAGUAGAGGAGAAGAUCAGCCUCAUGACGGAGAUGCUUCGGCCACUGAGACACGGUGCAGCAUCCAAGAUUGAUGGCCUCACCGCUGGUGAGAGCGGGCUUUGGACGCCACGCGCGUACGGCAUCCUCGGCCGAGAUGCCACAAGAGUCGGUUUCUGGAAGGACUGGCUACGAGCCGUGGUAGUGCCAAUGACAGAUGGCGGCGUGCUACGUGUUUCGCCAAGUUCACCUAAAGUUGGGCGAUGGCAGCCGUUGGAACGUUACGUGGUCAAUCUAUGCACCGAAGCAUUCAGCCCCCUCAGUUCCAAGACACAAGUCGAGAUUGGCGUACGGGAGCUGCGCCUAUAUGCUCGAAAAGAAGCGAUCAACGAAAUCCCAGGGUCUCGAAACACAGACCUUUACGCGUUGUUCAGGUCGCUCUCGCUUGAGAACAUGGUUACCCUCUUCGAGUAUGCGAUGUCCGAGUCUCGGAUAAUCUUCCUCUCUUCCCACACAGCGAUGCUUCAUUUGGCGUCUCACGCCUUGGCCAGUCUGCUUUACCCCUUGACCUGGGCUAGCAUUUUCAUUCCCGUCCUGCCAGCGAGGCUGUUGUCUGCGCUUGAUGCCCCUUGCCCUUACAUUGUUGGCAUCGAACGAAGAUAUGACAACAUCGAACUACCAGACGAUGACUAUGUCCUCGUCGAUCUAGACAAAGACACCAUUGAUGCAACUUCACUGCCCAAUCGCCUGCCGAAACAGAUUCGGCGCAAACUCGUCUCCCUCUUGCAACUCGCGGCCCCACACGCCCUUCGAUAUGGGGUCACGUCAGGCCCGCCACCCUAUGCUGUCGAGUCUUUCCCCUACGACGCGUUCUCUGCCGAAAAUGGGUCGUUGUUCCACGAGAGAACGGCGCCGAGCACUCUGGCAAAAUGGGUGGCGCAAAGCUCAUCUGCCUUUGGGGAACCUGAGCCGAAAGAACAUAUGAACACCCCUGUCUUUAAUGCUUUUGCACAUGCGAAGCCCGGAGCAGCCGAGCGUCCCACCACUAGUAGGUCGAGCAAGACGAGCCCCCCGUCUUCAGUCUCACCCGUCUCCCUCAACUUCCCACCGAUGCCGUCAACGCCAAUCUCGCGCAGUGACUCGGGCUUUGCGUUGUCGGCGACGCUGCGAGAGAAGAGGUCAGGGCAUUUCAACGAGAAGGGCCGCCGCAGUUCCUCGUUCGGACAAGCUCCCGUCCACCGUCCCAAUGGCCCUUUCCUGAAUGGCCACCAGACCAAUCUUUCCAUUUCGGCCAUCUCUGUGGAUUCCCAGUCCUCUUACGGCGGCUACGCCCCCUCAACCUACGCCCAGUCGACUAUUGCUGCUUCGACGGUCAUGCCUAAUAUGCUUGUCCAGCCCGUACGCAACACUGAUACGACUGUGUGGGUUGAAGGCCACUGCUUCAACUUCAGCAUGAAUGAUACUUCAUCCACCUGCGGAAUCUGCGAGGAACGCGCUGAAGGAGAUGGGUGCUAUAAAUGCUCUGGAUGUGGAGCAGUCUCGCAUGGCCGCUGCCUCGGCUGCGUCUCUCUUGUCUGCCCUGUAGCUUUUGAUUCCGACAAAAUCCGAGCGGCUUUCGUUCGGUGUCAAGCGAGUUUGCUCUACACAUAUCGGAAGUUCAUGGGUCGGCCUUCGAGGCAGCAGAAGAGUAACGGUCAGCUGUUUGCUUUCGAUAUGAAUGGGUUCAUCAAAAGCUUGCCAUACGACCAACAAGAGUACGUUGGGAUGAUGAAGGAAACUCAAGCAUUCAAUGAAUUCAUCCAUGAGCGAGAGACGCAAGCCUCUUCAGUGCCGACGAUCCGUCUCUUCGAUGAGAUCAUCUUGGCGAAGAAGGCUCGAGGACGGACCGGGAUCUCGUCUGGUCUCUCGCGGCUCUCAACCAUCAGAGCUUCCCAUGGCGUUUCUAGUUCAAUUCCCGGGCUUCAGUUGCCUUCCAGGAAUGGAAAACCGCCUUCGUACUUGGCCGACAGCUCCGACCACAUAUGGCGAACUGCUAGCGUACCUGUGCCGAAUGCAAAGUUCCCAGGUGAAUACCGAGCAGUGGUUACUCGAAUCCCUGCCAGACUGGACCCUUCCUUGAUGAAGGAGCCUCGUGCUAUACAAGGUGUUCCCCGUCCAGAGCAGCGCCAGAAAGGGGUGAUGAGGAAACAGGUUCCUAGCAUGAUGGGUUUUCCUACUCCUACCUCACCAGUCUCGCCGAAAGGAUCAGGAUGA